GCGCGCGGGGCGGGGACGCGGCCGCCGCCCGCUUUGCGCCGCUCCUCCCCGCGCGAGUGGCGCUCGGCCCGGCGUCGAGGCGGCCAUGGCGACCCUGAGCCCGCUCCCCACCCACCCCGCCUGCUCCGCCCUCCCCUCCGCCCCGCGCCACCUUUGAUGGCUCGGACCUCGGCCGGCCACCGCCAGCCCCGCUCGCGUGUCCGCGCCGCCGCCGCCGCCCCCGCCGCCCGCGGGUAUUAAUAGCCGAGCGUCCCCGCCGCACGCGCAGCCGGAGCCGCCGCGCCCUCGGCCGCCGGGAGCUCGGAGCUGUGGAGCCCGGAGGCCGGGAGUGAGAGCCGGAGCCGCCUGCGCCGUGGAGGCAUCAUAUAAUCUGCUCUCAUCAUGGGAGAAAUAGAGCAGGGGCCAACUCCAGGAUCGAGACUGGGGGCCCCGGAGAAUUCGGGGAUCAGUACCUUGGAACAUGGACAGAAGCCUCCCCCCACGCCUUCCGGAAAACUCAUGUCCGUCAGAAUCCAGAUGCUGGAUGACACCCAGGAGGCCUUUGAAGUUCCGCAAAGAGCCCCCGGGAAAGUGCUGCUGGAUGCGGUGUGCAGCCACCUGAACCUCGUGGAAGGAGACUAUUUUGGCCUCGAGUUUCCCGACCACAAGAAGAUCACGGUGUGGCUGGAUCUCUUAAAACCUAUUAUCAAGCAGAUUAGAAGGCCAAAGCAUGUCGUUGUUAAGUUUGUGGUGAAAUUCUUUCCACCUGACCACACACAACUCCAAGAAGAACUCACAAGGUACCUAUUUGCUCUGCAGGUGAAGCAGGACCUGGCUCAAGGCAGACUGACGUGUAGUGACACCAGCGCCGCCCUCUUGAUCUCACACAUUGUGCAAUCUGAGAUUGGAGAUUUUGAUGAAGCAUCGGACAGAGAGCAUUUAGCAAAAAAUAAGUACAUACCUCAGCAAGAUGCACUAGAAGACAAAAUUGUGGAAUUUCACCAUAACCACAUUGGACAAACACCAGCAGAAUCGGAUUUCCAGCUCCUGGAGAUUGCCCGCAGGCUGGAGAUGUACGGCAUCCGAUUGCACCCAGCUAAGGACCGGGAAGGCACUAAGAUCAACCUGGCUGUGGCCAACACGGGGAUUCUAGUGUUUCAGGGUUUUACGAAGAUCAAUGCCUUCAACUGGGCAAAGGUGCGGAAGCUGAGCUUCAAGAGGAAGCGCUUUCUCAUCAAGCUCCGCCCAGAUGUGAACAGCUCAUACCAGGAUACCUUGGAAUUCCUAAUGGCCAGUCGGGAUUUUUGCAAAUCCUUCUGGAAAAUCUGUGUUGAACAUCAUGCCUUUUUUAGACUUUUUGAAGAGCCCAAACCAAAGCCAAAGCCUGUUCUCUUUAGCCGAGGGUCAUCGUUUCGGUUCAGUGGCCGGACUCAGAAGCAGGUUCUCGACUAUGUUAAAGAAGGAGGACAUAAGAAGGUGCAGUUUGAAAGGAAACACAGCAAGAUUCAUUCCAUCGGAAGCCUUGCUACGCAGCCUACAGAACCGAAUUCAGAAGUGCCAAAACAAGCUCAGCAGAGUGCCAGCCUCGCCUUCGGAGAAGGAGCUGCAUCCCCGGGCGGCCAGAGUUGCCAGCCGGGAAGGGACCCGCCCGCUUCGGCCGAGGAGCGCGGGCCACAGCGCACCCCCACUCCGCAGAGGAGCCCGGCGGGGAGCACGAAGGCAGACGGGGCCAGCAGGGCGGAGACGGAGGAAGAGGAGGAGGUCGCUAAGGACAGGACCCAGCAGAGUAGACCUCGGCCCCCGCAGCCAAGCACAGGCUCCCUGACUGGCAGCCCUCACCUUUCAGAGCUGUCCAUCAACUCGCAGGGGGGAGCUGCGCCCACCAGCACCGUCCUGUCACCCAACCUGAGCCCUGACACCAAGCAGGCCUCUCCCUUGGUCAGCCCGUUGCUGAAUGACCAGGCGGGCCCUCGGACUGACGACGAAGACGACGGCCGGAGAAAGAGAUUCCCGACUGACAAAGCGUACUUCAUCGCUAAGGAAGUCUCCACCACUGAGAGAACAUAUCUGAAGGAUCUUGAAGUCAUCACUUCGUGGUUUCAGAGCACAGUAAGCAAAGAGGACUCCAUGCCCGAAACCUUGAAAAGUCUCAUUUUCCCGAAUUUUGAACCUUUGCACAAAUUUCAUACAAAUUUUCUCAAGGAAAUUGAGCAACGACUCGCCCUGUGGGAAGGCCGCUCGAAUGCUCACAUCAGAGGAGAUUACCAAAGGAUUGGAGACGUGAUGCUGAAGAACAUUCAGGGCAUGAAGCAACUGGCUGCGCAUCUGUGGAAGCACAGCGAGGCUCUGGAGGCGCUGGAGACCGGCAUCCGGGGCUCCCGGCGGCUGGAGAGCUUGUGCCGAGACUUCGAGCUGCAGAAGGUGUGCUACCUGUCUCUCAACACCUUCCUCCUGCGCCCGCUGCACCGGCUCAUGCACUACAAGCAGGUCCUGGAGCGGCUGUGCAAGCACCACCCGCCCAGCCACGCCGACUUCAGGGACUGCCGAGCUGCUUUGGCAGAGAUCACGGAAAUGGUGGCCCAGCUUCACGGUACGAUGAUCAAGAUGGAGAAUUUCCAGAAGCUGCAUGAACUCAAGAAAGAUUUGAUUGGCGUUGACAAUCUUGUGAUUCCAGGAAGGGAAUUCAUCCGCCUGGGCAGCCUCAGCAAGCUCUCCGGGAAGGGGCUCCAGCAGCGCAUGUUCUUCCUGUUCAACGACGUCUUGCUGUACACGAGCAGGGGGCUGACGGCCUCGAAUCAGUUUAAAGUUCACGGGCAGCUCCCGCUCUACGGCAUGACCGUGGAGGAAAGUGAGGACGAGUGGGGCGUGCCUCACUGCCUCACCCUGCGGGGCCAGCGCCAGUCCAUCGUCGUGGCCGCCAGUUCGCGGUCCGAGAUGGAAAAGUGGGUGGAGGACAUACAGAUGGCCAUCGACUUGGCCGAGAAAAGCAGCGGCCCCGCCCCCGAGUUCCUGGCCAGCAGCCCUCCCGACAGCAAGUCCCCGGAGGAGGCGGCGGGCGACCAGGAGUCGGAGGACGACCUCAGCGCCUCGCGCACCUCGUUGGAGCGCCAGGCCCCGCACCGCGGCAACACCAUGGUGCACGUGUGCUGGCACCGCAACACCAGCGUCUCCAUGGUGGACUUCAGCGUGGCCGUGGAGAAUCAGCUGUCUGGGAACCUGCUGAGGAAAUUCAAAAACAGCAACGGAUGGCAGAAGCUGUGGGUAGUCUUCACAAACUUCUGCCUGUUCUUCUACAAGUCGCACCAGGACAGUCACCCCCUCGCCAGCCUGCCUCUGCUUGGGUACUCGCUCACCAUUCCCUCGGAGUCCGAAGACCUCCACAAGGACUACGUGUUCAAGCUGCAUUUCAAGUCCCACGUGUACUACUUCAGGGCUGAAAGCGAAUACACGUUUGAAAGAUGGAUGGAGGUGAUCCGAAGUGCCACCAGUUCGGCCUCCCGUGCCCACGUUCUGAGUCACAAAGAAUCUCACGUGUAUUGAUGGCAGGACGGGACACAUGUGUUGAUUGUUUCAGCAGUGGCGACUUUCCCGGAAGACACUUUCUUUCUUCUGUAUUAAUGAAGCCUAGUAAAAUUAACACCUGUCUGUCUGGAAAACAAAGUAAUACAUGGUUUCACAGCGACUCUCAUCUGUCUCCACAGAACCAUUUUAAACCUUGUCUUCGCAGCUGUUAAUUUCUCAUCGGAGCAGGACCGCACCCCUGCCUUCAACGCGGGUGGCGUCUCGGCCGUCACGCCCUCUGUGGGCUGUCUUCAGCUUGUGCCAGUAUUAAAACAUGGUCACGGAUAGAGUGCCGAAUGACAUUUUUUCCCUCCGCAACUGCACCUUAAAGUCAGUACAAACACAUCCAUGCAACCAAAAGACAGGGCAAGGGCUCUUUUUUUAAAAAAAGAUGAUUGAUAAACUUAUGAUUUUGAUUUCUAGGCUGCUGCAUUUUACAAAAUGGAUUUUCCAUUGUUUGUUUGCGAUACACUUGGCAGUCUUAAGCAAAUGAGAUCAUUUUCAGAUUUUUUUUCUCACUCUUUCUACUUUUACAAUAGAAAAUUAGUAGGAUUUACUUUUUUGAUAAAUGAGCAGUUUCCAGCAUCCUGUGUUCCACUGGGGGCUGCAGGCUCCAGUGAAACGCUGGUUCCCAGACCUACUUCUUGGCACAAGUUGACCAAAUUGUUUAAAGCAAUGACUAUUUACAAGGUGUAGCGGGUUGUUUUCUGUUAAGAGAAGCGGAAAUCCAGUGCGCUCUCUGGACUGUCGGUGUACUGAGUGGCGUAUCCGAUGGGAGGGUAGUAAGCUGUGGUGUUUUGCUGUAUGUUUCACAAGCAUGAGAACCUGUAUGGCAGUGACCAGGGCCAUUUGUGCUGUGUUACGUUGUGGAGCGUGUCUGAGCUUCCCGUGGAUGCAGGAGCUCUGAGUCACAGUGUGUAGUCCCCUGGCUCCCGUGAUCAUACCUGUAUCCUACUGCAACUGUGGUUUGGAACUGCACACUCAAUAGUGGUAUAUAUAUCGUGCCUGUCUUCACAAUCCAUUCUUUUCUCCUUUUUAUACUCACCGCCCCCCCCCCCAGCCUGGGGUACGGACAUAUGACAUUGCACAUCCUUGAUAGUCGGACAACACAGGGAACAGGGUUCCGGUAACUGCUGGGGCCCACUAGUCAAAAUCCGUUUGCCUCUUCUCCAUGGGGAUUGAGUGGCUGCUAUUCCCUUGGUAUUGUUAAGCCCUUUCCUGAUGCCGCCCCCCGAGGGGGCGACCCAUCCAACACGGUUCCCAUCCAGUGCCCCACACCACAGCUGGGGGCCCUCACCUAAGACACCCAGGACCACCCCGACUGGGGGGCUGUGACCGGCGUACGUGGAAACAUACAAAUGGACGAUGAGUAGCUCGAGAUGUGUGUGAAUCAUUUGCCUUACAGUCUGUACAGACGGUUUUAAGUACUAACAAAAGGGAAUAAAAAUACCUCAUGCCACAA